CUCCGGAGAAUAUAAGGUGGCCAUAUUUGAUAGAUUUGUGUCGGGCUCUGCAAUGCAGAAAGCGAGAGUUGUAGCGUGUGAUCCCGCCAGUGACAGUGACACCAGGCAGGUCUGUCGGAUUCGUGACUGAUCCGGACUUGGAGACAGAAGGGGGAGAGAAAAGAGAGGGAGGGGGGGCAGACAGAAAAGAAACAAACAAGUAACAAUGUAACUUACAUGCAGCCACACACCCCUUUUUCUUGUAACAAUGUGUACGUUUUUGUGGAGGGAGGGGGCGCGCAGAGGGAGAACGAGAGACGGAGAGAGAGAGAGAAAGGAGGAGGGGGGUGCGUUCUGAAAUAAUAUAGUCAGCCAUUUUUUAUGUAAGGGGAUUUUUUCUUAUUGGGGGGGUUGUUAAAAAAUAAAUAUAAGAGGGCGGCCAUCUUUGUUGCUCUGCCUAGUGUAAAAUAUUCCAAAACGCCCCCCACUUUUUGUGCCGAUUUGAAUAUUAAAUAAAUAUCAUAUAUACGGGCAAGAAUACGCUUUUUGAAUACAAGGACGGAUCCAAUGACAGGAAUAUAAUGUCCUCUCCUCUCCGGUCCUGUGAGGAAGACGAGGGCAUGGUGGUUAAUUCCGAGGGAGGAGAUUUUGAUGAAGACGACGACGACGACGACGGAGACCUAGACGAGAACGCAAGCGACAUAAACUCGCCGGCGGCGCCUCGGGAAACUGCAACACCAGCCGCGCCAGAUGAAGAGGCAGGGAUAUCAGACAGAGAGGUCCCGUGCAGGAAGAAAGGUCGGCCGAAGAAAAAGAAGGACACAAAGAAGAAAGAAAAGGAAGGGAAGCCCGUGAAAGCAAAAAAACGCAAGAAGAUUGACAGUGAUGUAGAGAGAGACUCAGAUAGAGAAAGAGACUACGGCGAGAACUCAGACAGCAUAACCAGUGAAUAUGGAACUGGGGAGAAAAAGAAAAAGAAGAAACAUAAAGAAAGGAAGGAGAAGAAAACAAAGAAGAAGAAAAAAGACGAUGGGGACCGAGACAGCAGUCAGGAGGAAACAACAAAGCAACCAAUAGAGCAGAAGACCUCAGCCCAGCUGGCGAAGGAGUGGGGUCUGGAGGAUGUUGAUCAUACCUUCACAGAGGAAGACUACAGGGAACUCACCAACUAUAAAGCCUUCAGCCAGUUCAUGAGGCCGAUGAUAGCCAAGAAGAAUCCUAAGAUCCCCAUGUCAAAGAUGAUGACCAUCCUAGGGGCCAAGUGGAGGGAGUUCAGCUCAAACAACCCCUUCAAGGGCAAUGCUGCUGCUGUUGCAGCAGCUGCUGGCGCCAUCGCUGUCGCCGAGCAGGUCUCUGCAGCGACCGCCUCACCUGAACCGCCACCACAGCCGCCACCUAUUAGAAAGGCCAAGACAAAAGAAGGCAAAGGUCCAGGCUAUAAGAAGCGCAGUAAAAGUCCUCGAGUCCCAGACAAGAAAAAGGCUCUUGCAAAGGCUAAAAAGAUGGCACCCAUUCGUAUUAAGCUGUCACCUAUAGGUGCCAAGAGGAAGAAGAGCUGCUCAAGCGAGGAUAUGGAUGAGGAUGAGUCUGAGCAGGAGGACUCCAGCGUUCACAGCUCCUCGGUUCGCUCUGACAGCUCUGGCCGCGUCAAGAAAAACAAGCGAGGGCGGCCUUCGAAGAAGAAGAAGAAAAUUGUAGGUGAAGACGAAGGGGACGGCUAUGAGACAGAUCAUCAGGACUACUGCGAGGUGUGUCAGCAGGGCGGAGAGAUCAUCCUGUGUGACACUUGUCCCCGAGCUUACCAUCUCGUCUGCCUCGAGCCCGAGCUGGACAAGGCCCCUGAGGGCAAGUGGAGCUGCCCACACUGCGAAAAAGAGGGAAUCCAGUGGGAGGCGAAAGACGAAGACUUUGAGGACUUUGAGGAGGACAGUGAGGACAGAGUGAUAUCUGAGGUCGGGGGUGGGAUGUCCACUGGGGCGGAUGAGGAGGACGAUGACCACAUGGAGUUCUGUCGGGUGUGCAAAGACGGAGGUGAACUAUUGUGCUGCGACACCUGCACCUCCUCCUACCACAUCCACUGUCUAAACCCACCGCUGCCAGAAAUCCCCAACGGAGAGUGGCUGUGCCCGCGGUGCAUGUGUCCACCAAUCAAAGGACGUGUUCAGAAAAUCCUCCACUGGCGAUGGGGGGAACCUCCACUUCCCAUUCCUGUGCCCCCUGCUCCUGACGCUCCACCUGAUGCCCCGCCGCCGCCACCCAUGAAGGGCAGAGCUGAGAAGGAGUUUUUUGUCAAAUUGGUUGGACAGUCCUACUGGCACUGUACCUGGAUCACUGAGCUGCAGCUGGAGAUCUUCCACUCUGUGAUGUACAGGAAUUACCAGAGGAAGACAGACAUGGACGAGCCUCCCAGUUUGGAUUACGGCUCAGGUGGAGAGGAUGAGGAGGGAGUGAGGAGGGCCAAGGUCCCCCAGUACGCCAUCAUGUAAUACAAGUACUACAAGUAUGGCAUCAAGCCUGAGUGGAUGAUGAUCCACCGCAUCAUCAACCACAGUGUGGACAAGAAGGGGAUAUACCACUAUCUGGUCAAAUGGAGAGACCUGACCUACGACCAGUGUACCUGGGAGAGAGAUGACCUAGAGAUUCCAGACUUUGCCAUUUAUAAGGCCAGCUACUGGAGACACAGGGAUGCGAUAAUGAAAGAGGACCCAGACAAACCCAGGAAGAUAAGGAACAAGAACCAGGAGGGUGAGGAGGAGUCUCCUGCCUCACCAGUCACAGAUCCUACAAUAAAAUACGAGGAGCAGCCAGACUUCGUGACAUCGACGGGUGGCACGCUGCAUCUGUAUCAACUGGAGGGUCUGAACUGGCUGCGGUUUUCUUGGGCUCAGGGCACAGACACCAUCCUGGCAGAUGAGAUGGGCCUGGGCAAGACCAUCCAGACCAUCGUCUUCCUCUACUCGCUAUUUAAAGAGGGUCACACUAAGGGCCCGUUCCUGGUCAGCGCUCCGCUUUCCACUAUCAUCAACUGGGAGAGGGAGUUUGAGAUGUGGGCGCCUGACUUCUAUGUGGUGACAUACACGGGAGACAAGGAUAGUCGAGCCAUCAUCCGAGAGAACGAGUUCUCCUUCGACGACACCGCUGUCAAGGGAGGAAAGAAGGCUUUUAAAAUGAGGAGAGAGGCUCCUAUUAAAUUCCACGUCCUGCUAACCUCCUACGAGUUGGUGACCAUCGACCAGACGGCGCUCAAAUCCAUUGACUGGGCCUGCCUGGUGGUGGACGAGGCUCACCGCCUCAAGAACAACCAGUCCAAGUUUUUCAGGCGUCUGAAUGACUAUAAGAUUGACCACAAGCUGCUACUGACAGGAACUCCCCUUCAGAACAACCUGGAGGAGCUGUUUCAUCUGCUCAACUUCCUCACACCCAACCGCUUCAACAAUCUUGAAGGCUUCCUGGAAGAAUUUGCCGACAUCUCCAAGGAGGACCAGAUCAAGAAGCUCCACGAUCUUCUAGGGCCUCACAUGCUGCGGAGGCUGAAGGCUGAUGUUUUCAAGAACAUGCCCGCCAAGACUGAGCUGAUUGUCCGAGUGGAGCUGAGCCCUAUGCAGAAGAAAUACUACAAGCUGAUUCUGACCAAGAACUUUGAGGCUCUGAACUCGAAAGGCGGAGGAAACCAGGUCUCCCUGCUCAACAUCAUGAUGGACCUAAAGAAGUGCUGCAACCACCCCUAUCUCUUCCCUGUUGCCUCCAUGGAAGCCCAGAAAACACCCAGCGGUGCUUAUGAGGGCUCGGCUCUCACUAAGGCUUCUGGGAAACUGAUGCUGUUACAGAAGAUGCUGAGGAAACUGAAAGAGCAGGGGCAUCGAGUACUGGUUUUCUCACAGAUGACUAAAAUGCUGGAUUUAUUAGAAGAUUUCCUGGACUAUGAAGGUUAUAAGUAUGAGAGAAUUGAUGGAGCCAUCACAGGAGCGCUGAGACAGGAGGCCAUCGACCGCUUUAAUGCUCCUGGUGCUUGUCAGUUUUGUUUCCUGCUCUCCACCAGAGCGGGAGGUUUGGGAAUCAACUUGGCCACAGCCGACACGGUCAUCAUCUUCGACUCUGACUGGAACCCUCACAAUGACAUACAGGCAUUUAGUCGAGCCCACCGAAUCGGACAGGCCAACAAGGUGAUGAUCUACCGCUUUGUGACGCGAGCUAGCGUGGAGGAGCGCAUCACACAGGUGGCCAAGAGGAAGAUGAUGCUAACCCACCUGGUGGUUCGGCCAGGCCUGGGAUCCAAAGCCGGAUCCAUGACCAAACAGGAAUUGGAUGACAUCCUCAAGUUUGGAACAGAAGAGCUCUUCAAGGACGAGGGAGAAGGUAUGAAGAAUAGUUCGGGGGAUAAAGUUGAGGAUGAGGGCAACGUGAUCCACUACGACAGCACUGCCAUCGAGAGGCUGCUGGACCGAAGCCAAGACGCCACAGAUGACACAGACGUCCAGAACAUGAACGAGUACCUGAGCUCCUUUAAAGUGGCCCAGUACAUGGUCCGAGAGGAGGAUAAGAUCGAGGAGAUCGAGCGGGAAAUCAUCAAACAGGAAGAGAACGUGGAUCCUGAUUACUGGGAGAAACUGCUGCGGCAUCACUAUGAGCAGCAACAAGAGGACCUGGCGAGCAAACUGGGUAAAGGCAAGAGGAACCGCAAGCCUGUCAACUACAAUGAUGCUGCACAGGAAGACCAAGAGUGGCAUGCUGACAUCUCAGAUAACCAGUCUGAAUACUCGGUGGGCUCUGAGGAGGAGGAUGAGGACUUUGACGAUCGGCCAGAAGGGCGAAGGCAGUCACGUCGCCAGUUGAGGAAUGAGAAGGAUAAACCUCUGCCUCCCCUUCUGGCCAGAGUUGGAGGCAACCUUGAGGUGCUGGGUUUUAACACACGUCAGCGAAAGGCUUUCCUGAACGCUGUGAUGCGCUGGGGGAUGCCCUCGCAGGACGCUUUCUCCUCUCAGUGGCUGGUCAGAGACCUCAGGGGCAAGACCGAGAAAGAGUUCAAAGCUUAUGUGUCUCUCUUCAUGCGUCACUUGUGUGAACCGGUGGCCGACGGUGCCGAGACAUUCGCAGAUGGCGUCCCGAGGGAGGGCUUGUGUCGCCAGCCAGUCCUCACACGAAUUGGCGUCAUGUCCCUCGUCAAGAAGAAGAUCCAGGAGUUUGAACACAUCAACGGGCGCUGGAGUCUUCCAGAGCUCAAACCUGAGGUCAGCAUAGACAAAUCCUCCUCCAGGGCCUCCUCUCCUGCACUGAAGACCGCCACGCCUACGCCUGAUGCCAGUUACAACAACACACCAUGCACCUCCAAGCCAGCCACCCCUGCUCCAGCAGAAAAGCUAGAAAAGAAUGGAAGAGAAGGAGAGAAGGAAGAGGACAAAGAGGAAGGUGAGACCCUGUCGGAGAAAGAGACAGUGAAGGAGAAGGAAGAGGUGAAAGAGGUGGACAGCAGCAAGACUGGAGAUCUUGAAGAGCUUUCCUCCUUGAUAAAAGAGAAGUCGCAAAGUGUGUCCCCUGGUCAAAAAGCUGAAAGCAAAGAAGAGAGUGACCUGAAAGACGACCAGAAGAAAGAACCAACUGACACUCCUACUGCCAUGACUGAGGAUAAGAAAGUACAGGAGGAGAGCAAAGAGGAGACAAAACAAGACACAGAGGUCAAAGAGGAGAAAUCUGAAGGAGAGAAGGCUGGGGAGGAGAAGGAAAAAGACAAAGAAAAGCGCGAAGAGACACUUGCAGCAACAGAAAUGACAGAUGCCAAGGAUAAGACAGAAGUAGCUGACGUCAAGAAAGAGGAAGUCAGAAGUGAAAAGGAUGCUGGGAAAGAAGUCAAAGCAGCUAAGGAGGAGUUGCCCAAGGGUAAUGGGAAGCCUCUGACUGAGCGACCUCGCUUCAUGUUCAACAUCGCCGAUGGCGGUUUUACUGAGCUGCACACUCUUUGGCAGAAUGAAGAGCGGGCUGCCAUCUCCUCGGGGAAGAUGAACGAGAUCUGGCACCGCCGACACGACUUCUGGCUGCUGGCAGGAAUCGUGAUCCACGGCUAUGCUCGGUGGCAGGACAUCCAGAAUGAUCCUCAGUUCGCCAUCGUCAAUGAGCCUUUCAAGUCUCAGGCGAAUAAAGGCAACUUCCUGGAGAUGAAGAACAAGUUUCUGGCUCGACGCUUCAAGCUGUUGGAGCAGGCACUAGUGAUAGAGGAGCAGCUUCGACGGGCAGCCUACCUGAACAUGACCCAGGACCCGAGCCACCCAGCCAUGGCGCUCAAUGCACGCUUUUCUGAGGUGGAGUGCCUGGCAGAGUCACACCAGCACCUCAGCAAGGAGUCGCUAGCAGGGAACAAGCCAGCCAACGCAGUACUGCAUAAAGUGUUGAACCAGUUGGAGGAGCUGCUUAGCGACAUGAAGGCUGAUGUGACCCGACUACCGGCCACGCUGUCCAGAGUCCCACCCAUCACCGCCCGCCUGCAAAUGUCCGAGAGGAGUAUCCUCAGUCGGCUGGCCAGCAAGGGCACUGAGACCCCCCCCCCCCCACCCAUACCUCCAGGACCUUACACCACCCCUCAGAACUACGGAGCCCCCUUCACCCCUGCCCCACCGAGUGCCCUCCACAUGGGAGGGGCCAACUACAGUCAGAUGCCACCCGGAUCCUUCAUAUCAGAAGCCGCUGCUGCUGCUGGGGCCACCGGGGGAACUGCUGGGGGAGCCGCUGGAGGACCAACCACUACCAUUGUUUGCCAGAAGACCAAGGAACAUGAUGUGGUGCAGCGGCAGCGCGUGGUGGACCUCUGGAAGGAUGGCAAGUCAGAGGGCGCCAUUGGGCUGGAGCUGAGGAUGCCCAAGUCCACGGUGCACAGCAUCAUCGUGAAGUACCGGCUCAGCAACACGGUGGAGAACCUGCCACGCAAUGGGCGGCCAAAGAAACCCUGAGGUCGGAGGAGGACGCUCACCAAGGGGGAAGAAGAAAGGACAUUUGGAUAAAGCAUCCUGGAAUGUAACCAAAACGAACUGAGAAGGAGAGAUGAAAACCUGAAUGCAUGAGCUAAAAGUCCCAGAAGGCCCCGAGCUCUUUGGCACUGCCUGAAAGUGACAAACAGAAAGACUUAAGUAAAGCUCACUGGAUGGUUCGAAUAGGCAAGAGAGCAAAAGAGAAAGAACUCAAAAGAACUGUUAGCACUUUGAUCCAUUAAAGAAAACAUGCAAUCGACCACAGAGCGAGGAGAGGAGAGAGUUCAAAAUUACAAAGGGAGAGGUAAAAUGCCGGCCUUGAGAUCAGGCACUAAUGAUGCGUGGGUGGAAAAUGAAGCACAGAGGGAGGAAAAAAAAGAGAUAUGACCUGUCUGGAAUAAAACAAAUCCUCAAGCAAAGAAAGAAGGCACUAUUGAAAUAAGCCCAAAAUUUUGAUUUGAGAGGAGAGAUGUCUGGACUGAAGAAGGAGGGGGGGGAAAGGACACUAUGUGAAUCCAAUCACAGGAAGUCGCAUAUGAAAUGCAACACAGGAGGAUUUUUCCCUCCCAGAUAGAUUAUUCUAGACUACUUUGUCUGUUUCUCCCUCUGCACCAAAAAAAGAUUUCCCCUCACAUCAAUUCUUCAGCCGUCAGCUGACUGAACAAGCCUAUCCCCUCGCUCUGACCCUGUACUCCCUCAUUCCUCCACAGUCCUGCACUCCUCUGCCUCUUUCUCUUUCUCAUGCACACACUUGUAUACACACUCUAGACCUCACACACAACCUGAAAACCUGCAAAGAAGUUCAUCUAGGAAGGGACAUGCUGGACUAGGAUCGGGUUGCAAAAAAGGAAAGAAAGGCAAAGAUGGAAAAAAAAGACUUUUCUAAGUAUAAAACUUCCCAUGGCCCUCGCAUUCCUAAGUUCAACCAAGCAUAGGAGCAAAGGACAUACAUAUUUAAAACUUUGCCUUUGUCCAACGAUCAGUAGCAAUGUUGCUGUGACCCAAGCGGAAUGGCUGGUGCUGAGAUAUGUAGCCUACUGUAUUACAAAGCGUAUUUACUAUUGCACCUUUUUUACAUUUCCUGUUUAAAUCUCAUCACAGUAAAAAUCUGUAUUUAUGAGCAGCUCUUCUCCAAAGCUUGAGACUGUGAUCUGUGAUUAAAAUGGACCUUCACGCUGAGGCUCGAGGAGACGUUUUUGUUCUCUGAGCUUCUUUAUUCUGACAGUGUAAUGGAUUCCACACUGGAAACUGUCCCCUGAUCCCCGAGAAAAUAAAACACUCUGGACUCUGUCAUCGGUUUUCUAACUCAGUGUUUGUACAGCGGAGCUGUAGAUCAGUGUGACAUCCCAGUGUGGGGAGCAGAACAAACUCUCCUGCCUCAAUUCUGGAAAGAGAAGUUACACAGACCAAACUUUUCUGGAACAUAUGAGUAUUUUUAAGCUAAAAUUGAGUGGUAUUUCCCUUAAGCUUGAAGGACAUAAAGACCAGAGAAGUGUGGCCUCCAAUGAGCAUAUAUUGUAUGUGUGUAUACGGUAUAUGUGUGUGAAUGUUUUGUUUUGUACACAUUUGUGUGUAUGGUAGCACUGCCAUUUUUUUUAUCAGAACUAGGUAUUGUUUAGAACUUUCAAUAUUGGUGCCAGUAUGAUGCCUGAGUUUCUUAACAAUAUGUUUUUAUAGAGUUUAGCCUAAAUAUAACAGCCUACAGUUGGACAGGUUUUAAAUUAAAGCUACACUGAUCAAUAUUUGAAUAUUACUGGAUGUGAUUAUUGGCAGUAAUAUGAAAGGGGGUGCUCAUACUGACAAAGCCACAGGAAAUUUUCACCUGACUCUGUAGCUCCCCUCAGCUUUACAGAGUGUUUUAACAUUUUUGAGCUCAUUGUUUUGGUUUUUGCUGCCUGUAACUUUACUGUUUUGAUUCAGUCCUUCUGCUCUCAUCCACCUUGUUUAAAGAUGCAGGCAUCUGUCUUCAGUAAAGAAGCUCUGAUAAACUUAUAACAAUGCUUUCUGCGCAGCACACUGGUGAACCUUCUGGAGCACUUAGCAGCUAAUGCUGUUUUCACACUAUCCAUGUGUAGCCCAUUUGAAUUGAACCCUUUCCUGGAUGUGGCCUUGGUGCGGUUCCAAAUGAGCUCUUGAGCCAUUCGACUGUGGUGUGAACGUGAUCCGACCUCGAUC